AUGUCUCUGAGUGUUUAUGAGGAUCUGAUCUACUUUGAGGAGCUGAACAGAGCAGAUCGAGACGAGAUAACGGUGGUUAUAUAUGAGAGUUCAGACUCUGUUAGAGGCCUCGACCCCGACACUGAGGUGGAGGACGCCAACAUGAUGAAGACACAACAAGCAGAUAAAGCAGUUAGAGACGGGUGGAUCUACUUCAGCUCCAGUCUUUACUACGUCUCUACUGAGAGGAAGAGCUGGACUGAGAGCAGAAACGACUGCAGAAAGAGAGGAUCAGACCUGGUGAUCAUCAACAGCAGAGAAGAACAGGUCUUCAUUAACACAUUGAGAAAAGGUCAGCUGGUUUGGAUUGGUCUGAGUGACGGUGAAACAGAGGGGGUCUGGAAAUGGGUGGACGGAUCAGAACUGAUCACUGGGUUCUGGUACCCUGGACAACCCGAUAAUUACGGAGAGGAGGACUGUGUUUUUUACGGCUUUGGGUCUGAUCCUGUGAAGAACUGGGCUGAUUAUCCCUGUAAUCGUGAUUUAAUUUGGAUCUGUGAAAAGAGAAUAUAA